AGGAACCGAUAUACACCUGAGUUUCCUGGAGAGGUGCAACAAUGACCGCAGAAAUAAUUACACAGAUGUACGCAAUGAGGUGUCAUCUCGUGGGGUUUCAAAAAACAGGAAGUACCUUUUCCCUUAUUUCCUGUAUUUAUGGAAUAUAUUCUAUUUUUUAGUCAAUUCUAUCCAUUUUGUCGAAAGCUGAUUGACACUAUGAACACACAGUUGGUGUUGUGAAUACGAUUAAGUUAAUUGAGAUAAAGAUUAUGUUAUUUAAAUAUUUUAUAAUGUCCUGUCCACGAAACUGCGUAUGAAUAAAAACACUAUUCAUCUGUCAAGGAUAUAUUUCUAGUUACGGUCACAUUCUGAAUUUUAUACACCGUUUAUAACGAUAUAUACGUUAUGGUUGUCUUUUCGUGUUUGAAGGGUUUCCCCAACAUGACGCAAGCGGUUCCUCUUUAUCAUCAGAAGCCGCGUGUCAUUCUCAAAGAUGAAUGACAAACGCGCUGACGUGGCAGGAUCGAGUUGGGUUUCUAUCUCGAGUGAGCCAUAUGUGCCGUCUAUAAAACCUCAAGAGUCACUAAUAACUCGUGUAGUUAGUGGUCCGAUCUAAACGAAUGAUGAUUAUAAUGGUAUUUGAUAAAUCCGCCGUCUUUCAAACAUGAUUAUUGUUAUGCUUGUUGACUUUGUUUACACACAGCUAUCCGCCUACGUCACGAGAAACAACCCCACGUGUUUUGCAAAUACCACGCAGUGACGUCACUUAUCUAAAAAUAGCAGGGAUCACAUCGAGACAGUCGGCACACAACAGCAGUCAGUGCGAGAGUGUGGCGGUGAGUUGGGAAGCCAGAAGUUUCUGUCUUGAGCGGUAUAUAGACCCAGGUAAAUCAACCCACACGGUUUUGAGUGUCCUGGUGUGUUACCAAGGCAGAAAUGAGCGACGAUACAACCACUGAGGCACCAACUCCUGCCGAGGAGACGAAGGUAAUUGUGAAUAUCGAGUCAGUGGGUCCGUCUUCCGACCACGAGGAAAACAUGGGACGCGAAACGAACGACUCAGAAGUGAUAGUUCGUGUGCCGACUCCAACCCUUCGAGUUGAACGUAUCGAACAGUUGAAAGAGGAAGACGGUGGCAGUAGCAGCAGUUUUACCUACACAAGCGAGGAGGACGGAGGGAGUCACGGGUCCGAUGAGUGCGACCAACCCAAGUUUGAGGCUCCGGACGAUGAACUGAAGGAAAAAAUAAUUAAACAGGUGGAAUUCUAUUUCUGUGAUGUCAACAUAUUGAAAGACGCUUUUCUACUGAAACAUGUUCGAAGGAACAAACUGGGGUAUGUAAGCUUAAAGCUCAUUACAUCAUUCAAGAAGUUAAAGUCCCUGACGAAAGAUUAUCGUGUUGUUGCGUACAGUUUGAGGCAUUCUGAUAAAUUAGAAGUUAACGAGGAAGGAACGAAGGUUCGUCGUGUGGAGCCCCUCCCGGAAUAUGACGAAACCACUCCUUCGAGGACAGUCGUGGCUGUCAACUUGCCCACAGAAAACCCCACGAUAGAGACAGUUGCUGAGAUUUUUUCCAAAUGUGGAGAGGUAGUGUUGAUUCGUGUACUUCGUCCAGGGAAGACCAUUCCCCCAGAUGUGAAAAAACAUUCAGCCAAACAUCCCGAAAUUGGAACAACAGUCUGUGCGGUGGUUGAGUUCGAGAGACACGAGCAUGCCAAAAAGGCCUGUGUGGAAAUGAACGACACUAGUGACUGGAGAAAGGGCAUGCGGAUUGUAAUGUUGGCACCCCCAAAGAGAACAAAUAAGAAGAAAAAUGAUGAUAAAAAUGAUAAGGAUGAAAUUUCACCAGAUGAAGGAAAGGAUGAGAAAAAGAAGCGCAGGAGGGGUGGGAAGAAAAAGAAGACCAGGCUGGAAGAAAUUGCUGGCGAAAAUGAAUCCUCAUGUCACAGUAGUGGCUCCGAAGGGGAGGGGCCCUGCAAACCUCAGAGGCUCAGUCCAAAGAUUAAAGACCUUGACCCUAACCACCUCAGUCCAAAUCACUCUCCACGAACCUCUCCCCGUACCACACCUAAAACUAGUCCCUUGUCUAGUCCACGAUGUCAACGAAGAGGCCGAGGAAGUCACGGCAAAUCUCCAUUGGCUGAGCUAAGUCCAGGAGACAACCGAUUGAGUCCUAGAAGUAGUCCAGAAAUGUCUCGCAAAAGGUUUGAAAACUCCUCAGGAGGCGAAAGUACCCCGACUAGCCCAUGGGUUCAACGGAGAUUGAAAGCAGCACAAGAGCUCCAGGAUCGCAGUCCAGUUGGAAGUCCUCGACUAGGCCGCAGGAACCCAGAUGGUACCUUUGCCAUGGGAAUCACCCCCAAAAUGCUGGACAUGGAAGGGGUAUAUCGUCACCCCAAGGGACCAGAUGGCUCACAUGGGUUCUAUGGUGGAAUUGGUCGAGGAAAGCCAAGAAGUAACACAGUGUCCUGAGAUAGAACUGAUCAUGGAUAAUGCUGAACUGUCUGUUCUUUUGCAUCUGUCAAACUACAUUAAAUGUGUAUUGGUGAAUUGAACAUUUGAAGAUUGUACUUUAUUUAUAUAAAUUUGUUAAAUGUUAAUAAGUGCAUCUCAAGACUGUAUUGAUGACAAGUCUGUGACUUAAUAUACUUCUGUAAGAAUAGUAUAUUUAAGUGUUUAGAUAGAUAUUUCCUUCAGAAUUGAUCUUUGUAACUUAUAUUUCUGACUGGUUCAUGAAAUCGUUGAGUAAUCAAACUGGUAUAUUUAUAAAAUAUUUUCACGAGUAUUGCUCGAAAUUGUCUAAGUGCUUAGUGUUUAUUUUUUAUUUUUUUUUAUGAUAAAUCAAUUCUGUUUUGUAUGAGUAUUAUUUGUGCAAUGCAAAGAGGUGUACAACUUUGCAUCAAUCUUCCAUGCAGUGCUCAAAUGUUCAAAAAAUAGAUUGUGUUCAUUUCAGAUGUUUCGUCAAUGGAGAUUACCAAUGGCAUUUAUGAAUAGACCCGCCCAUUAGAAGCAAGGCAUUUUUUUUUUUACUGAAUGUUUUAGUAUACUUUUAGUGUACUUUUGAUAUACGAACAGCAUCAUUUUAGCGAUGUUAAUGAUUGAGCAGUGGGCAAACAUCUUUCAUCCAUACAUUUGUAAAUAUUCAUGUGUUCAUAGAUGUUUUGGAAUACCAUCGCUGCCGAAGCAGCACAGGUAUCAUUUGGAGGAGGAUUGUUCCAGUGAAACUGGUCCAGAUUGGAGGAACAUUCCACUGAUUUCUUUUGUCUUUUUUCGAAUAUUUAUAUGCAAAAAUGUCAUCUUAAGUUAUUUUAGUGUUUUGUAUAUCGUUAAGAUUGUUACGUUUAUUAAAAUGCCAGUGGUUGAUAUUUUGUCAGUAA